AUGCUGCGCGCUAACGAGGCUAACGUGGACCUCACGAGGCUCCGUGAGUGGGUGGACCAGAAGCUCCUGCGAACGGAGAUCGCUGAGGUCUUCAGUUUCGAGGAUGCUCCCAAAGCCCUCGAGACUCUGGAGGAGGGCGGAGGGCACAACGCGAAGAAAACGACGCUUGGAGAGCCAAGGUCCUUGCAAGCGUUUCAGAGUUUGAGGCUUAGGGUUUAG